ACUCAACAAUGCUCGCGAACUCAAUUAUUGUUCUCUCUUGCGACAAGCUCUAUUGUUUGCUUUUUUGUUUAUUCGCCGGUUAAAUUGAUCAAUUUUUUUUUGUGUUUCAAAAUCAUAGUUCAUCAUGGACAACAACGGUAUUAAGGCAGAAUCCAACGAAAAUGGUGAGAAGAGAAUUGACCAAAAUACUUCGAACAAUGAUUUGCCCAAAAACAGCAAUGAUUCUAGCCGUUCAAAAGAUUCUGGUCGAAGCGGUGGUCGUCGUGAUCGUGAUCGUAGUCGUUCGCGUCGUCGUUCUCGCUCACCAAUUCGCUCGCGUGAAGAUCGUUCAAACAAAAUUCAUCGACGUGUUUAUGUUGCUAAUAUUCCUUUUGAUGUAAAGUGGGGUGAGCUCAAAGAUUUAUUUCGCGAUAAAGUUGGCAAUGUUCGUUUUUGUCAGCUAUUCGAAAAUGAAGAAGGGAAACCUCGUGGAUGUGGUUUAGUUGAAUUUGAAGAUUCAGCUUCUGCUAAAAAAGCUAUUGAAGUACUCAAUCGCUUUGAUUACAAAGGUCGAGAACUUGUUGUCAAAGAAGACCUUGAUAUAGAUCGUGAUCGUUUCGGGCGAUUAAUUCUUUCUUCAGGUCGAGAGGAUCGUGAACGUGAUCGCAGUAGACGAAGAGAUCGAUAUGAAGAUCGAUAUUCAAAUGGUUCGGAUUCUGGUUCUAAUCCUUACCAGACAUAUGGCUUGAGUCCACAGUUUCUCAAUUCGCUUGGUAUCAAAGGUCCAUUGACAAAUCGAGUAUUUGUUGCUAAUCUUGAUUAUAAAGUUAGCGAACGUAAACUCGAGGACAUUUUCGGAUUAGCUGGAAAAAUUACCAAAGUUCGAUUGUAUUGUGACAAUGAAGGAAAAUCGAAAGGUUUUGGUGUUGUUGAAUUCGAACAUCCUGUCGAAGCAGUUCAAGCAAUCUCAAUGUUCAACAAUCAAAAACUUUAUGAUCGAAUUCUUAGUGUUCGCUUGGACAAAUUUGACAAUGAGGAAUCAUUUGGUAAAGAUGGUUUGCCCGCUAAAUUACCACGAGGUCUUGAGAGUAUUGGCAAAGGUCUUGGUAUCGAUGGUCAGCCAUUGAAUAUUGCUAAAAGCAUUGUCAGUAGUCCUGCACCAGGCAUGCAAGGUCAAUCGUUGCCUGGACCGCCACCGAUUACUCCACAAGGGCCCAAUGUUACGCCACAAGCAGCAACAGCAGCUAUCAACGUCUUGAGCAACUUAGCUGGCCAUUUGCCUACGUUGACUCAAUCAUUGGCACAAUUGUCUAAUAAUCCUCCUGGUACAAUAGCAUCAACACCUUCGGCUUCUUCAACUGGCUAUCCUCCAUCAAAUACUGAUAUUCCUGGAACUGGAAAUACAAUUUCAGGUGCUACUCCUAGCGGUUAUGGACAUAGUGGUUAUACUUCUGUUGUUCCACAUGGAAAUGGUACCCCUCAGCCUGCUGCACCAUAUCCAAAUUCAAGUCAAAUGAUGCCAUCCAGUUAUGGUACGGCACCGCCUCCUUCAACUUCUUCAGUUCCAUACAGUGCUAAUACUGGAACGCCUAAUGCUCCCAUCAGUUCUUAUUCUACCUACGAUCAACGUGGCGAUUAUCGUGAUGAUAAAUAUCGAACAUCCGGAAUCGAUACAAUUUUCGUUAGAAAUUUGCCUCCAAAUUUUAGCUGGCAAAAUCUUCGUGAUCGUUUUAAUGAAGUCGGCGAAGUUCGAUUUGCUGAAAUCAAAGGCCAUGGCACCGCUCUGGUUCGUUUCGGAUCUGAUCGUGAUGCACAAAGAGCAGUAGAUUUAAUGAAUGGAAUUCGUAUCGAAAAUCGUGCGAUUGAAGUCACUCUUUAUUAUUAAUAUCAUU